GGAUGAGAAUGGCAGCAUCAUCUACAAAGAGGAACAACGGCCCCUGGAAAAUGCUGACUUUUACCUUGGCUCUCAUCGCCGCACUAAUGAGCACAGGAGUCACAGCACAAGAGGAGGAACUUGCCGCUGUAACAGCACCUAAUCUUGAAUCUUAUGUACGAGGAGACAUGAUUCCCAAGACUACGAAAUCUACAGAGCAACAAGGGGAACAAGGCCACGUUUGGGUUAUUCCUUCUAUGGAAUCUCCACAAACUACCGCAGAGAAUACAGCAGCAACUACAGGAGAUGCUAACAAUCAGACCAGCGCUCCUGAAGAUCGGGAAACUAAGACCACUGCUGGUGUCAACACUGAGGAAGUGAUGGAACCAAAAACUCCAGCACCGUUGCCUUCCAGAGGUGACGGUCCAGAUAACCUCCCACAGCCUAUGCCAAAGGAUGAUGUCGUCUGUGUCAGCAAAGAAGCUGUGCAGAACAAAAACGCCGUCAGUCUAAAACUGAAAGAGACCUCCAGCUGUAAAGACUCCAAGGUGAAGAUUAUAAGUGUUAUUCAGGAGCUCUGUGGUGAAGACUGUAAACUGGAGAUCUACCAGGAGGACAACACAAAUGAACUCAUUGUGUCUGGAAAGUAUGUAGAAGAUGAUGUCACUGGCAUGGCCAACAAGUUCAACAAUGACAACAUCAAAGAUAAGACAGAUGUUGAGGAAGCUAGGCCUCGUUGGGGAAAGAACUCUAAACUAGUUCUGGUUUCUCUGCUGCUGACUGGCCUCCUGCUUGCUGCACUGUUGGUAGCAGGUUAUUACUUCAAGACUCAUCGCAAGAACUCCAAAGGAGUCAGGCUGGCGGAGUCUUUCCAGGUGGACGAAGAAAACCAAGCCAACACCCUGGUGUCUGUGGCACCUUUACCCCAGCAGGAGGCCAUCGACAAGCCCACUCCCAACGGAGAAUCUCCACCUGAUAAUGGGACCAACCAGGCUCCCACCACCAACGGACACUCUCAGACCCCAGUGGCAGACACAGAGAUGUGAAUCAGAACAUCUAACACCUGCAGCUCAUCCAAUCACACACUGGGAUGCACUACCCACAAUUCUCUCCGUUUAAUCUUAUAGACUGAGACAAAUUGGACCACACGACCACAGCAUAUAAAACUCACCAUCCUGACCUUUUCUCCUCACCUUGUACUUCCUGGGACAACAACCAUGAAUGGUCAUCAGUACAUGACAAAACUGACUGUGCCUUUAAUGUGAAAAGUCUGGGACCACUGACCACCGCUGGUGUUUAACUUAAGCCUACAGACAAUGUGUCUGGGACUGGAACUGGUCCAUGUGACACAGGUGUAAUCGUGUGUUAGCUGCCCUGACUUCACUUUUGUAGUGACUGUUCCAGAAUCAGUGAAACAAUGCCAAAUAUGUGACAGAAAAAAAAGUCAAACGAGUCAGACAUACAGUAUGUUGAAGAGGAGCUAUGUCUUUUAGCCAAAAUGUUCCAUACUAAUUACAUAUACACAUUUGGUUUUUUUUUCAGUAUGUAAUUCUGUAAAUGUGUUGUUUUCAUUGUCAAUUUACUUCUAGGUUUUUUAAACAGACAAAAAAGCAGUAACAAGCUGUCAAAAAAAGAAAAAAAGAAAGAAAGAAAAACUAAAAAAAGAAAAAAAUGUAAAGAAACAAGUCUUUGCAACUUUCUUCAUUAAAACCAAAGAUUUUUAGAAAAAGAAAGACUUAGUUUAAGUAGCAGGUAUUAUCUUUGGUUUACUGAGGAAUUAAACAACUCCCACAAGAUCUUCCUAAUGUAUAAAAGUCAGAAAACCUUCAGUAUUCACUUCAGUCCAUUAUUAUUAUUAUUAUAUUGAACAAAUACUGUUUCAUUUGAAAAACAUUUGACUUCCUUGAACAUCCAACAUGACACAGCAGGUUCAACAUUCUUAUAGUAACACUAAUCCUCAUGUCUAUAUAUGAAAAACAAAUGUCAGUGGUGAUUUUUUUUUUUACAUUUUCUAGCCUCUUUUAUGUCCUGUAUGUGUAAAUAAUCCUGUCUUAACCAGUAGUAUCAGUGCCUGAUUCAUAAACUGUGAUUUUGGACAAUAUCUUGGUGUUGUCUGUUCAGUUUAUUUGCUGUUUUUUUUUUUGUAUGGGAACACAACUACAGUAUCUGCACAUGAUGAUACUACAUUAUUUUUCUAUUACUAUUUUUAUCUUAAGCAUUAAAUUAACUUGAAUGCUGUUAACAUGCUCAUCGACAUACAAGUUGAAUGAUGGUUAAAACAAAUCAGUUCAAAUUUGUAGUUUAUAAAUCACAUGCAAAUGCAUGUUUUGACUAAGACAAAUGGCUGGAUGACAGCAAACAGUGCUACAGGCAGACAUUUAAAUACUCAUAAUGGAAAAGGCAAAUGUCUCAUUCAAAACACACUCAUUAAUGACCAGCUUCAGUGAAGCUGGUAGAGCAAUAGAGAUCCCUGAUUUGCAUUUACAGUCAAGUAUUAUGUACAAUACCAUGUGUUUGCUUAAGAAUUGCAUUUUCAAUAUACUGAUACUCGGGACACUGUAUGUCUUUUGUUUCCAGUAUUGGUUCCAGUAAGUUUUAGUAUUG